GAGUCUAAGUUCUCUCUUUCUUUCUCUCUCUCUCUGAAUCCUUUGAGUGAUCGCUGAGAUCUGAAUCUAUCGAUGGCGACACCGGACCACCUGUUCAACCUCCGCAACAAUUUCUACCUUGGCGCCUACCAAGCCGCCAUCAACAGCAGCGACGUCUCCAACCUCUCCGAAGAAGACGCCCUGGAGCGCGACACCCUCGUCCACCGCUGCUACAUCGCCCUCGGCCAGUUGCAGUUCGUCAUUUCCGAGAUCCAUGACGAUGCUCCUACUCCUCUCCAAGCCGUCAAACUCCUCGCCCUCUAUUUCUCCUCUCCCGACACCAAGGACUCUGCCAUCUCCAGCCUCAAGGAAUGGCUCGCAGAUCCCGCCAUCGGAAACAACCCCACGCUCAGACUCGUCGCCGGUCUCGUCUUCCUCCACGAGAAUGAUUUCAACGAAGCACUUAAACACACCAAUGCCGGAGGGACCAUGGAACUGCACGCGUUGAAUGUUCAGAUCUUCAUUAAGAUGCAUAGGUCGGAUUAUGCGGAGAGGCAGCUGCGGAUCAUGCAGCAGAUUGAUGAGGAUCACACUCUCACUCAACUGGCCAAUGCGUGGCUCGAUUUGGCUGUGGGAGGGUCGAAGAUUCAGGAGGCGUAUCUGAUAUUCCAAGAUAUGUCGGAGAGGUAUCAGUCCACCAGUUUGCUUUUGAAUGGCAAGGCGGUUUGCUGCAUGCACAUGGGCAAUUUUGACGAAGCAGAGACCCUUUUGGUUGAAGCGCUGAACAAGGAUGCCAGGGAUCCUGAAACGCUAGCCAAUCUAGUUGUAUGCUGUCUUCACCUUGGCAAGCCAUCUAACAAAUCAUUCAGCCAGCUGAAACUUUCUCACGCAGAUCAUGUACUCGUCAAGCGGGUAACAUCAGCUGAAGAAAGUUUUGAUAGAGCGCUACAAACAUUUUCUUCAUGAGUCGAUUAUUCAAUUUCUUUCAAGAGUUGAAUGGUUUGAGGUCUUCCAUGCAAUUUUUACACCUUGUCGUGGCCAUUGUAUUGGGUUGCGUGUCUUAGAACAUAAUCAACUGGGUAAUGUGGCAUAGUAUUCAAAUUUAUAACAUUGGUUUACUGAGUUUUGAUGUUGUAAAAGCUACAUCUGACAUUAAUCAAGUUCAUUUACAUCGUAUAUUUUACUAAAAGAGCAAGAAAUGCCAAUAGGUAUUUGAGUAAACAAGAUCACGGUUGUGUGGAUGGAUUGGCGAAGCUGUAUUAUAUUCUAUUUUAUCCGAAGUUUUGCAUUCUUCUAUUUGUA